AUGGUGUUGCUGAAUCAAGAAAUGGCUGAGCAGCAGCAGGAAGAGGAGAACCUCUUUCCUAUUGCAAUCCUUAUUGACGAGCUGAAAAACGAGGAUGUGUCUACCCGUCUGGCCAGUUUUAAGAAGCUCUCAACCAUCGCCCUGGCUUUGGAGCCGGAGCGCACUCGCAAUGAAUUCAUUCCUUUCCUAACGGAGUCCAUUUAUGAUGAGGAUGAAAUCCUCUGUGAACUUGCAGAUCAGUUAGGCAAAUUUGUUCCUCUGGUGGGUGGACCUGAGUAUGUUUCCUGCCUUUUGCCUCCGCUUGAGGGGCUAGCCUCAACGGAGGAGACAGUUGUCAGGCAAAAAGCUGUGGACACCCUUCGUAGCCUUGCUGGAAGCUUCUCAGCACAGGCUUUGGAGACUCAUUUUAUCCCGAUGAUUGAGCGCCUGGCGACUGCCGAGUGGUUCACCAGUCGCAUUUCCGCCUGCGGUCUAUACUCAGCCGUCUACAAACGUGUCUCGUCCCAAAUCGCGGCGGAGUUGCGGAGCCAAUUCCGUCAACUCUGCAGCGACGACACGCCCAUGGUACGUCGCUCCGCCGCCAUCAACCUUGGCGAAAUGGCCGCCUGUCUGGGUUUGGACACCCUCCGCUCCGAGUUCCUCCCCGUCCUGGCCAACAUUAUUCAGGCAUACGAACAGGAUUCGGUGCGUCUACUGGCAAUCAAUGCAUGUGUAGCCUUUGCCGAGGCGUUGCCCACGGAAGACGCGCAGAAGUCACUGAUGCCUUUAGUGCGCGAUGCGGCACAGGAUAAGUCCUGGCGUGUUCGCUAUCAACUUGCCGAUCGUCUCACUGAUCUUCAAGCUGCUGUUGGUCCCACCGUCACUAAUGAAUUCCUUGUGGAUGUUUAUCAGAUCCUCCUCAAGGACGCCGAAGGCGAAGUGCGUGCAGCAGCGGCGAGUAAGUUGAAGGUCUUUGCGACAGCGCUGGCGCCAGCGGAAGCACGCGAGUCAAUCAUCAUGAAAACCCUCCUGCCCAUAGUGCGAGAGAUGGUGAGCGAGACGAACAUGCAGGUGAAGACGGCUCUGGCCGGUGUAAUCAUGGCACUGGCGCCUCUCCUUGGCAAGGAAAACACAAUUGAACAUCUCCUGCCUAUGUUCUUAGUCCAGCUCAAGGAUGAAAACCCGGAUGUGCGUCUGAACAUAAUCUCAAACUUGGAGUGCGUGAACCAGGUGAUGGGUAUCACCCAAUUGAGCCAAUCCCUGCUGCCCGCCAUUGUGGAGUUGGCGGAGGAUUCCAAGUGGCGCGUACGUCUUGCCAUCAUCGAGUACAUGCCCUUGCUCGCUAGCCAGCUGGGCAUCCAGUGCUUCAACGAACAACUCACCAAUCUCUCCCUCAACUGGCUUGUCGACCAUGUCUACGCGGUGCGCGAGGCUGCUGUUUCUAAUCUACGUAGCCUCAUGAACAAAUUUGGUAUUGAGUGGGCCAAUUCACAGGUCGUUCCGAAGUUGAUCCAGUUGGCGAACGACCCGAACUACCUGCAUCGGAUGAUCUGUCUGGCGGCGCUGCGUGAACUAGGAGAGGCGGAAAUUUGCCAUCAGGAGAUGUUGCCAAAGAGCCUCUUGCCUACCAUCACCCAACUCAGUACCGACGCUGUUCCCAAUGUCCGGUUCAAAGUUGCUCAAGUGCUGGGUAGGCUGGCGCCCUUUCUGGACAGCAGUGCAAUGCAGAACUAUGUGAAACCGACGUUGAAGAAGUUGGGCACUGACCCUGAUGCAGACGUCAUCUUCUACGCGAAGGAGGCCUAUGAAUCACUCGCUGUCACUGCACGAUGA